UGACAAAAUAACUCGCUUGGCGGACAGCUGGCAGCUGGUUGGCACCGGCUCCAAAAGCUACCCCAGCUUACUCCACAGCAGCUCCCCACCCAGCCGCUUCCAUGAUCGUCACCAGUUGCUUCCAUCGUCAUUGGGACUUUUGACAGAUCGUUAAACGUACGAUACCCUAUUACCAUAUCAACGAUUAUCAGCGCAUUUCGACUUCAAAGGGCAAAACCUUCGUGAUACCCUCAGUAAACACAUUCAGCAAAAAGCGACAAAGUGGCGAACCUUCUUUGGACAGCGCAAAAGGGGGAAGCUGCUGCAACGACCGGCCAGACUGCAGCGCCUCCAGCCGAAAAGCCCAAGCCCAAGAACACCAUGGUCCAGCCAACAAGCACGCCGUCCGCGCCGGCGCUGACUCCCCAGUUCUGCUUUUCGACAGCAACCCUACGAGACUUCCUACGAGUCUCCCGCUCCGCCAUCGACGACACCAUAACCCAAAACCUCAACGCCCUCGUCACUCCCUCCCGCGCGGGCUUCGACCCCUCCUCCACCACCCAACGGGCUCCGCGGCCCUUAUCCCGACAAAUCGACCCCUCGGCGUGCCAAGAAUUCAAAGACCAAGUGUUGUUCCCCUCGUGGCAAGCGCGGUCGCAAGUUCUCAGCUACUGCGCGCUGGUGGCCACCUCGCCGGAUCCGGACGACCCGGAGGCGGCGAUCCGGGAGGCCGAGAAGCAGAAGGAUCGGGAGAGGGUGGUGAAUGAGCGGCUAGACCCCUACUCGGCCAGGUUUUUCCCUAGGGAGCCGAGGACGGAGCAACUUGCGAGCGUGAUCAGGAUGGAGCAGGGCGUGGAGAAUAUUGUUCGGACGAGGACGUGGGGGAUUGUGGGGGAGAGGUGUGGGAGUGAUGGGAGGACGUGGGAGCAGGCGUUGGGGGAGUGGAGGAGGGAUAAGCAUUUGCCGUUGGCGUGAUGAUGAUGAUGGUGGUGAGGUUGGGAUAUGAAGGCAGGAAGGUAUAAAGGGAAGAGGUGUAAGUGAAGUGUUUGUAUAGCAUUGGGUAUGGCGUAUUGGGAUGUUUGUAACGAUAUGACUGGAAUGAUUGUAAUUGUAGAGAUAUGGGAAGAAAAAAGCGAAACCAUCUACACUCAAGCUUGUAAGAAUGCCUCAUUGUCUCGGAAGGAGUUGUCGCGGGGCCUGGCGGGAGGCUUCCGUGUCUUCGGUGUCGUUACCG